AUGAUAACCCGACACACAUCCACAUCGCUCAGUACGCUGCUGCGCAAGGCAGCGGCGUCGCUGCGCGCGCCCAAGCCGGCGGCCCAGCUGAAUGCCAGGCUGCGGCUCGCGCUCUCGCGCGCCCUCCACACGACCUUCACGUCGCUCUCGACCCCGGCACAUGCGCUGCCUACCGGCAACGCCAUCCCGGCCCGCCUCACCUCGUACGCCACACACACCGCAUACAAGCCCUUCAACGGCGCGUUCCGCCGCACGACGUUCCGCCCGAACGCGCGCACGCCGCGCGGGCCAGCCAUCCAGGCCAACACGGGGCUUGGGGCCGCGCGCAACUUCUCUACUGUCCCCCCGUCUGGCGCGUUCGCGGGCAGCGGCGCAACGGGUAACGUGCCCGUUGUGCUGCGCGCCUUUGCCAACAUCUUCGACGAGGACGGCGACGCCGCGCUCCCCCGCGCAGCGAGGUACGUCCCCUACACCCGCCCUUCGCGCUCCGAGCGCCGCCGCGCCGCGGGCCUCCGCGCCCCCCGCCGCAAGAACGUGCACACGCGCACUGCUAGCACCGCGUCGGACCGCAGCGCCAUCCUCCGUGAGCUCGGCCACUACUUCCCCCUCGGCUCCAUUGUCGCCGAGGACGACGCCGUCCCGCUCCCGCCUACGCCCGAGGCCCUCGUCACCCCCGGCACUGUGAGCACGCUUGCGCUGCCACUCGCGCAGAACCUCAGCCUGCUGCUCGCGCCGACGCCGACGGUGCCGUAUGCCGAUGCCGAGAUUGGCGUGGCCAUACUCGCGCGCCUGACGCACGGGAUUCUACCACUGCACGAAGCGUACCGCUACGGCUCGAACCGCGUCAUUCCGCUCCUUGCGCGCUUGGAAGCGCUGGGCGUGAUGGACCCGCUUAAUGGCGGACCCGGGGUCGCGGUCGAGAUCACGACCGAUCACCAUGGCAACCUCGACAUCUUGCGGAUCACGUUUGCCGACCGCGCGUCCAGUGACAUCCUCGCGCUGCUCGGUGACACGCUCGACGUCGACGGCGGCAUGUGGUGGGCCAUGUCGGAGCGCAAGACUGCCCGCCCGCUCACCGAGACGGAGGAGAGCCAGAUCAUGGAGGUGUGGGACGAUGCGCCGCGGCCCGCGGCGUCGCGCCACUCGACCGCCUCGUCGGUCCACGAGCUCAUCAUGCCCACGCUCGACCUGUCCAUGGUCCCGACUGUCGUUCCUAGCUCUGCUUCGGACGCCUCGUGGCCGCCCUCGCCCGCCUUGUCGGCAGCCUCGUUCCCCAACUCGUCCGGCACGUCCACCCCAGCUUCGUUCGACCACCUCGAGCUUCACUCGAGCUGGACGAGCUCGCCGUCCAACCCUGCCUCGCUGCUGUCGUCCAUCGCGGACAGCUUCAGCGACGUCAGCGACGACGGCUGGUCCGUGUCCCCCAGCGACGAGGACCAGGACGUCGCGUCGGCAUGGGCCGACGACUCAGACACCGACUCUGCCGAGGUCGAGGACGUGAUUGCUGCUUCUUGGGAGACGCGCGGGUUCGGUCUCAUGCAGCCGUGGUAA